GAUGCAUUUUAUCCAAUGUUUCCCUCUCUCUGAAGUUGCAACUGUUCUUAAACCCUAGAACACUCUCACUGAAGAAGCUGCGAGGGAAAUUUUUGUUCUUCCAAAAUGUCGAUGUCUAAGAGUUCCAAGAUGCUCCAGUACAUCAACUACCGAAUGCGCGUCACCAUUCAGGACGGACGCCAGCUCGUCGGAAAAUUCAUGGCAUUCGACCGCCACAUGAACCUUGUUCUCGGCGACUGCGAGGAGUUCCGAAAGCUUCCUCCGGCCAAGGGCAAGAAGCCUGCCGAAGGCGGCGACCGUGAGGACCGCCGCACGCUCGGUCUUGUACUCCUCCGCGGCGAGGAGGUCAUCUCCAUGACCGUCGAGGGACCACCUCCGCCGGAAGAGUCCCGCUCAAAGGCCGUCGGUGCCGCCGCACUCGCCGGCCCCGGCAUCGGUCGUGCCGCCGGAAGAGGCAUUCCUCCCGCUCUCGUUGUCCAGGCCCAACCUGGUCUCGCCGGCCCAGUUCGCGGCGUUGGCGGCCCUGCCCCGGGCAUGAUGCAGCCGCAGAUCUCGCGUCCACCGCAGCUCAAUGCACCGCCGUAUCCUGGCGGUCCGCCGGUUAUGCGUCCACCAGGGCAGAUGCCAGGGCAAUUCGCUCCUCCCCCCAUGGCCAGGGGUCCGCCUCCUCCGAUGCCACCCGGACAAUUUGUUCCUCCAAGACCUGGUGGCGGUCCACCUCAGUUCUCCGUUCCUCCCCCGCAGUUUGGACAGCGCCCCAUGGGACCUCCUCCUCCGGGAUAGAUGGUGAGAGGACCUCCGGCUCCUCCGCGCCCUAGUAUGCCUGCGCCUCCUCCACCUCGCCCCGGCAUGCCCCCACCACCUGGCAGCGGUGUUCCGGUGUUUGGUCCUCCUCGACCUGGCAUGCCUCCUCCCCCAAACCCUCUAAACCAACAACAGUAACGAAAUAAUGGAUUG